AUGAGGGACAUAGCCUCUUGUUUCAGUGAAUAUGCAAUACAAGUUUCUGAUCCUUCUUGUUCCAGUUAUUCAAAUCAUUCUUGUAUCUCUCCUAGUCUCAUCCCCUCAAUCCAAAACUCAGUCACCUGUCUAUACAAAACCAUCCUCUCCACCCAAAAGCAGCUCUUGAUAACAGUCACAUGGUCCAAGAACAACACCACUCAAGGCCUGAACAUAAACUUCAAUGGCGACUCAUCAACCAUUUUCAAACUCAAUACAACUUCUCGAUUACUUAGGAAGAAGAAAGGCAGCAGAUCAUUAGAAUCUGAUCAUUCCAAGUUUGAAAUUUUCUGGGAUCUCUCUGCUGCCAAGUACAGUACUGGUCCUGAACCAGUUGAUGGAUACUAUAUUCUGAUCAUGGUUGAUGCAGAAUUUGCACUUGGUCUUGGUGACAUUUCUGAAGAAACCUCUGCGAAGAAGCUCAAAAAUGGCGGUCCAGUGGCUAAAUUCUCACUAGUUUCAAGGCAGGAACACUUUUCAGGCAACACCCUUUAUUCAACCAAGGCUCAAUUCUCAGAUUCUGGGACUUCCCAUGAUAUAUUGAUUCGAUAUGGUGGAGAAAAUGAAGGUCUAAAACAUCCGAUUUUAUCGGUAUCUAUCGAUAAGAAGACAGUGAUUCGGGUAAAGAGGUUGCAAUGGAAUUUCCGAGGAAAUCAGACAAUUUUUGUUGAUGGUUUGCUGGUUGAUCUCAUGUGGGAUGUUCAUGAUUGGUUCUUCAAUCCUGUCUCUGGCUGUGCUGUGUUCAUGUUCAAGACAAGAAGUGGAUUGGAUAGCAGGUUGUGGUUGGAGGAGAAGGUGGUUCAGAAAGAGCAAGAGAAAGUUGAAUUUUCAUUGUUGAUCUAUGCUUGUAAGAGCUCAUAA